CCGUUAUGGCAUCUAGGAAAUGGUCACGAUCGAUUAAUCUUCUGUGUUUAAGCCUUCUUGCUCUCCUCGUGCAUUCGUGUGGAGGGAAUGUGGUGGUGUUGGAGAAUGAGGGAGGGACGGGACGUGGACCCUGCGUGGAAGGGGAGCAUGGAGAGGGAGUGAAUUGUGAUGAAGAUGAUACCAUUGAGGUUAGGUACGACCUCCUGUGGAACUCGGACAUCGCGACAUACGAGUUCAACGACGACCUGGCUUCAGUCAGCUGCUUCAACGACUCCGUAUGUAUAGCGUGUUUGCCGGACCUGGAUGUCGCCCUCAUGCAGAAUUCUCCCCUCCCGGCCGCGCCCUUCUGUGACAUUGACCGAAACGCCACAGGCCCCGGGCGGUGCACCUGCGGGGAAGGUCGGUGCGUGUCUUACAGCAGGGACAGCAGCACGAGUUCGGUCUACUAUUACUGUGGGCCUUGCGGUUGGGUCGGAGCGCGGUGCGUGGAGAGCAACUGCACGCACAAGCAAGCCGAAUGCUCCAACGGAUACUGCGAAUGCGUGCAAAAUGGCCUUUUCUAUGACCUUAAUUUCUGUUAUUAUCCAUACUUCGGCAAGACCAUGAUUCUGGAGAUGUUAGCAAGCAGUGUCAUUGUUAUUGCUAUGUGCGGUGUCCUCGCCUUCUCCUACAACAGGCUAGGAAGGUCUCGUCAGCGUGAUGAUAGUUCCUCGACAUUUCCUUGGAGGCGCGGAAGCAGAUCCCGUGAGUCUCCAGCAUCGGAUACGCCCCCAACAUAUGAUGAUGUGGUGGACAAGUUGCCGUCCUAUCAAGAUGCCCUGAAAAUGAGCCCAAAGGCGGACGACAACGAAGGUAUAACAAACUUUGCCUUUGAGAUGGAACUUUCACCCGCCCCGCCCCCUCCCUACGAGGAAAGCAUGCAACAGAAAACGGAGGAGGAAGAGAGCAUGCAACAGAAAACGGAGAAGAAAGAGAGAAUGCAACAGAAAACGGAGGAGGGAGCGACCGUCACAGAAAACGGGGGAAACGACCAGCCCUUCAUGGGAAACCCUGAAGGAGACUCGCCUGCGCAGAUUAGCCAAUCGCAAAGCCAUAAUGUUCUAGGCCAGCCGAUCGAACAGCCACUUCAGAAUGCGAUGCACGACCUGCAGCGGGGCAGUCCGAACUAGUAUGCUUGGUGUUGGUCAUACAACAUACAACCCCCGGUAGACAAGAGCAAACUGUACUGACGUAUCAUGUCCAAGAUUUCUUUUAGCCAAAAUAUGGUAAAGUUAACCAAAUGAUAUGGCGUGAUUAAUAAUACAUGAUUAUAUAUAUUAUAUAUAUGUAUAUAUAUAAAAUAUCUAUCUAUCAUUAUACAUAUACACACUCACACACACACACACACACACACACACACAUACACACACACACACACACACACACACACACACACACACACAACACACACACACACACACACACACACACACACACACGCACACACACACACACACACAUAAGUAUGCACUCUCCUUUCUUAUCUAACCUUCUAAAUAUACGUGAUUUGAGUCGCUGAAAAAAGCGGAGGAAUUAUCAGAUGCAAAUAUAUAUAAAUGAUAUGAUAUACGAUAAUAAUAAUAAUAAUAAUAAUGUUUGUAAUCCAUGUGAUCUUUUUUCCGAGUUGAGUGUCCAUUCUCUCUGAUUUAUCUACCUAUCUAUCUACAUAACGCAUUCCCGUACAUAUUAUACAUGUACCAUUAAUAUACAAACAAAAAUAAACAAGUUCUAUUAAUCUCU